GCUAAAAUGAAACCAGCUGCAUCAUUGAGACCUGAGAAGUGAAGUCCAAGAGAGCUAUCCAAGUCUGUUUUCAUCUAAAUGGCGACCGCAGAACCUGCACCAGCCUGGUGGAAACUGACUUUCCUGCGUAAGAAGAAAUCGGAGCCGAAAGUGUUGUACGAAAUCCCUGGAGACCACAGCAGCAACGCCGGGGAGACGCCCGGGACACCCGACGCAGCUGCGGACAGCCAGUUUAACGCCCGCUUGGAACGCAUCGUGGAUAAAACGGCGACAAAGGGACGCCAUGUGAAAGUCUCACAUUCGGGCCGGUUUAAAGAGAAGAAGAGAAUCCGCUCUACGCUAGCAGAAAACCCUGACCUGUUCCCUGAGGCAGAAACAACGACUAAUGAGAAUAAUAAAAGUGGAAAAUAGAGUCACUGUGUAAACAUAGAGUCACUGUGCGUGAAGCAGCUCAAGAGGGCCUUGGCCUAUGCAGCACUCUUCCAUUGAUGUCCUCUGCAGUUUACAAUCACCCGAGGUUGAGCCUGAAGCUAGAAAAGGACCGCUGAAUUAGUGACAGAUCUAUACUAAUGUUUGAGAACAAAGACAGGCACAAACCUAAAGAUCAGGUUUCUUCACAGAUACGCACGGCAGGACUGCAUUGUGGUCGUCUGAUGAAAGGCUGACAGUUAGCAAAUGUUUAGCCAAGAGAAAUCCACUGAGAGAGAAUCAAAUCAAUCAUAUAUCAGCACAAGAAAUCAGUAAUGUUUUGAUUAUUCUAGUUUCCUCUAUUUUAUAUAGCAAAAACUACAAUUGCAGCUACAGCACUUUCGAUUCAAUAGGGAUA